AAUAACUUGGAAGUCCACGCAUGGCUGAGCACUUUAGUAGUACACGCUGACAGAAUCGGGCAGCGAGAUAUUCUAUCUGGGCUCCGUAUCAAAACCUUGAGUAGCCUCGUCUAACCGAGCGGCUGUCAUUUAGUCAACCAGUAUCACCCCGAUUGUGGGACUAGAAGCUACGCCAUUUUAUUCCUUUGUUGUCUCUAGCCGCGAUACCGUAUAAUACGAAACAUACCCAGGAAAAGACAAAUAAGGACCUACUAAUCGUAUAUUGUUAUCAGCUUCAUGUGUAGGAGCAGUGAUAGUAGCUGCCAUUGCAGACAGAUGUGCUCAGAGCUCAAAUUCUAUAUCUAGAAAUGCUUUGAUUGUUGUUCAUUUUGUGCAUCGAGUAGAUAAAGCCACAACACUUUAAUGACAAAAGCAUCAGAUCAACAGAAAACUUCGAACUAGGCAGACGUCCUCUGGGGUAACAUUUUGGAGAUAUUUUCCCAACCUUGCUCUUUCUGCUGUUUGGAUUUCACGAUUUGCUCCCUGUCUACUAUUGUUCGUCUUGAAAGAAGGGAGUUUAUUUUGCAGCCUGAUAAAAGUGCAAAAUCGGACGCAUUCCUCCACAUCAACCCCUGAAUGCAGUGACGUCACAAUGACCAAGAUCUGGAUUUCUCGGUGACAUCACAGCAGGAGACAUGCGUUUCUGUAACUCUACAAGAAAACGUCUCUGAACACAUAGUAUUGCAUUGCACAAACCAUUAUCAGCGCCUAAUAACAACGUGAGAGUCAUCUGUCAUCAUCUCAAAUUGGUGUAUAACUCUAAAAUCUCAACCGUGCCUCACGUAACAGUCGGAAAGUGAGAAAAACAGAAACAUCACCAACCCCCCCAAAAGAUGCUCAGAUCCCCGGAAAAAGACCUCCCGGCCCGAGUGCAACCCAUGACGUACGACGAACGUCUACAAGAAGAACUCAAACUAAAGAUGUCCACGGAACCGUCCACCCGCCACUCGCCCUUCCACCCACCCGCGAGAGUCCUCGACCAUCUGAGCCUGGCGCCACACCUCCAUCCACUGACCUACUUAUACGGCGGCCUGGGUCACCUGUCCGCUGCCUGGACGGCGGAGCACCUCAAGUCGUGCCAGGCUGGCCUCUCAGGAGUCCUGGCCCCGGCCGCUACAGUGGCGGGCAGUGCGUUCAGCAUUGACAGUAUCUUGAACAGGCCGGGACCCGCGGCCUUCACCGCUCACAGGCCGGCCCCGUACUUCCCCUACCCAGGCCUACACGCCUCGCCGCAUGACCUGUUAGCUGGCCAGGGCCGGAAGCCAGAAGCGGAAGCGGCGUCAUCGGACCAUCUUCACGGAGGAGCAGCUGGAGAAGUUGGAGGAGACCUUCCAGAGGACGCACUACCCUGACGUCAUGAUGAGGGAGGAGCUCGCCUCCAAGGUCGACCUCAAGGAGGAGAGGGUGGAGGUGUGGUUUAAAAACCGAAGGGCAAAAUGGAGAAAGCAGAAACGAGAACUGGAGGCAGCCGAGAGACGGGGCGGCGACGGUGGCGCGGGAUCAUCGUCUGCUAAGACAACAUCGGCAGAUGAAGCGGAAGUGAGCAAAGCGUCCACUUCCGGAGAAGAAGCCGAGAGGGAGGAUUCCAUCUGUGUUGACGGAGAAGAGGAAGAAUAUGAUAUAGACGAUGAGAGAUCGCAAGACAGACCACCACAUCAUCAUGAGAACGACUCAGUUUUCUCACCUGAUGCGGGUUCUAGUCUACAGCAGAAACUGGUACCGUCAGCAACCUCCUCCACUUCACAUACGCCGCUCGGCGCUGUACACGGACCACACACCACCACGCAUGCGUCACCCCACGGUCUGUUGAUCCCGUCUGCCUCAUCAACGCCGUGCAAAAGUCCCAUCAGUCGACCUCCUAACGCCCUCAGCCCGGUGGCUCCUCCGAUCUCUUCCGCUCUCUCCUCCUCCUCUCCCUCCUCCUCCUCCAUCCACCCCGGUAAACUCCGAGUUUUCCACCAUAGCAGAGGAGAGGACAUUGAGGAGGAUGAGGAGAGGUCAAGGGUGAGCCACGAUGACCUUUCAGAAGAGGAGUUGUCACCAUAACAGAGCAAGCAGAUGUGAUCCUCCUGACUACACUCGAGUUUUGGUGAUGCUAUUCAUACAUGUUCUCUGUCCAACUCCCAUUUAUGGAUGACGUCAUUUGGGACCUCACUGUCGUGGUGUGCCAACUGAUCAAACGCUAAACAGCAACAUGUUGUUUAUUGUUGUUUUGACAGCUUAAUCUGAACACUUAAUAGUUGCCCAGACUGAUUGAAGAAAAACAUUCCAUUUUGAUGAAAUGUCAUUUACGGAGGCACCAGCUGUCUGCGAGUGGAGCAUGUUUUAGUCACAGUGGGAAACGAGAGAACAUAUCAGGGUCUUUCGAAAAUAGUUGUAGUUUCCUCUGGAAAGCAUAACUGUCACAAUGUUUUGCCAACUUCAAUUAGGGUAACCAAAUUAUUUGUAUGUACACUACCGUACAUAUAUAAAAUGGAUUAAAAACAGAGUUUACGCUGGACAUUUCAGGCAUUCUUGCAAGCUGUUGCAACUCGAAGGUAACGCUUUCUACACUUUGAAGGAAGUCGGAAAAGGAGAUUGUUCGAGAUGUGUCGUCUUUGAUUCAGCAACUCAUGACAAUCGCUCUCUGCUCUUUGUGACACAAUAAGACGCACAGAUUUUGCAAAGGGACCCUACCAUGACAAAUGUUCAUUUAAAGCUCUUCGUCUUUACUGAACGAAGUAAAGACACGAAAGAGGAAAAAAAAA